AUGGAACUAGUGAGUGUUAAUAAACAUGAUAACCAUGAGACCUGCAGCAAGUACAAUGAGAUGGGACUGGACAGAGAUGAAGAUAUUUAUCCAAAUCAGACUGAAGCAAGAGCUCAAAACAGAGGUUUGUCAGUAGGAAACAAGUGUCUUGUGUUGAGCACUGUGUGCUUUGGCCUCACAUGCAUUUUCCUGGUGGCUGCCAUUGUAGUACUGUAUAUCAAGCUUACGGCAGAGAGAGAAGUACAGGCUACACACAUGUUACAGUCUGGUUCAAAAUUUCAAACAGAGAAAGAUCAGUUGCAGAACAGCUUCAACUCUUUGAGUCAGAAGAACCUGCAACUGGAGACCAGAAUCAAUGAUCUCAUUGCACAGAAAAAACAGUUACAGAGCAACUUCAGUUCUUUAAGUCAGAGGGAUCUGGAACUUGAGACCAGAAUCAAAGAUUGCAUUGCUGAACAAAGCCAGUUGGAGACCAGAGUCAAAGAACUCACUGCUGAGAAGAGCCAGUUACAGAGCAACUUCAAGUCUUUAAGUCAAAAGAAACUGGAGCUGGAGACCAGAGUAAAUGAUCUGACUACAGAGAAAGAGCAGAUACAAAUAAGCUUUGACUCUUCAAGUCAGAACAAACUGGAGCUGGAGAACAGAGUCAAAGACCUCACUGCUGGGAAAAGCCGGCUGGAGACCAGAGUCAAUGAUCUCACUGCUGAGAAGAGCCAGUUGGAGAGAAUAGUCAAUAAUCUCACUGCUGAGAAGAGCCAGACACAGAGCAACUUCAAGUCUUUAAGUCAGAAGAAACUGGAGCUGGAGACCACUCUCGAUGAUCUCACUGCUGAGAAAAGCCAGUUACAGAUAAACUUUAACUCUUUAAGUCAGAAGAAACUGGAGCUGGAGAGCAGAGUCAAAGAUCUCACUGCUGAGAAGAGCCAGUUGGAGAGAAGAGUCAAUAAUCUUACUGCUGAGAAGAGCCAGAUACAGAGCAACUUCAAGUCUUUAAGUCAGAAGAAACUGGAGCUGGAGACCAGAGUCAAUGAUCUCACUGCUGAGAAGAGCCAGUUGGAGAGCAGAGUCAAUAAUCUCACUGCUGAGAAGAGCCAGAUACAGAGCAACUUCAAGUCUUUAAGUCAGAAGAAACUGGAGCUGGAGACCAGAGUAAAUAACCUCACUACAGAGAAAAGCCAGAUACAAAGAAGUUUUGACUCUUCAAGUCAGAAAAAACUGGAGCUGGAGACUAAAGUAAAAAAUCUCACUGCUGAGAAGAGGCAGUUGGAGAAUAUUGUUAAAGACUUCACUGUUGGGAAAAGCCGGUUGGAGACCAGUCUCAACGAUCUAACUGCUGAGAAAAGCCAGUUACAGAGCAACUUCAAUACUUUAAGUCAAAAGAAACUGGAGCUGGAGACCAGAGUCAAUGAUCUCACUGCUGAGAAGAGCCAGUUGGAGACCAGAGUCAAUGAUCUCACUGCUGAGAAAAGCCGGUUGGAGACCAGAGUCAAUGAUCUCACUGCUGAGAAAAGCCGGUUGGAGACCAGAGUCAAUGAUCUCACUGCUGAGAAGAGCCAGUUGGAGACCAGAGUCAAUGAUCUCACUGCUGAGAAAAGCCGGUUGGAGACCAGAGUCAAUGAUCUCACUGCUGGAAAAAGCCGGUUGGAGACCAGAGUCAAUGAUCUCACUGCUGAGAAAAGCCGGUUGGAGACCAGAGUCAAUGAUCUCACUGCUGAGAAAAGCCGGUUGGAGACCAGAGUCAAUGAUCUCACUGCUGGAAAAAGCCGGUUGGAGACCAGAGUCAAUGAUCUCACUGCUGAGAAGAGCCAGUUACAGAGCAACUUCAAUACUUUAAGACAAAAGAAACUGGAGCUGGAGACCAGAGUCAAUGAUCUCACUGCUGGGAAAAGCCGGUUGGAGACCAGUCUCAACAAUCUAACUGCUGAGAAAAGCCAGUUACAGAGCAACUUCAAUACUUUAAGUCAAAAGAAACAGGAGCUGGAGACCAGAGUCAAUGAUCUCACUGCUGGGAAAAGCCGGUUGGAGACCAGUCUCAACAAUCUAACUGCUGAGAAAAGCCAGUUACAGAGCAACUUCAAUACUUUAAGUCAAAAGAAACUGGAGCUGGAGACCAGAGUCAAUGAUCUCACUGCUGAGAAGAACCAGUUACAGAACAGUUUUAACUCUCUGAGUCAGAAGAAACGGGAGUUAGAAACUGAGCUAAAAAAGUUAUCUGAACAAGCAACUGGCUUCCUUUUCAUGUCUGCUGAGGCAAAGAGCUGGUCUGACAGCAGGCAGUACUGCAGAGAUCGUGGUGGUGAUCUGGUCAUUAUCAAGAGUGAAGAGAAGCAGAGGGCCAUAUCUUCAUUAGUCAGUGAGACAGUGUGGAUUGGUUUGUCUGACAGAGAGUAUGAGGGCUACAUGUAUUGGGUGGAUGAUUCACCACUGUAUCGAGGGUUUUGGCUUAAUGGUGAGCCAAAUGAUCAAGCAGGAAAUGAGGACUGUAUUGAACUGAUCCCUUCACAUCCUGUCCUGAACAACUGGAAUGAUUUCCCAUGCUCAGGGAAGAGAAAAGGGGUUUGUGAAAAAUAGGGUUCAUCACAUCUUGUUGUGGUUUUGCUUCUGUGAUCUUAUAUAAGCAUUCUUAUUUUGAACACAUAAUUUCUGA